AUGACUCCAACUGUUUGCCAACUUCAGUUGCAUCUUGAUGGACAACAAUUUGUUUCUUUCAAAAAUAACCAACGUGUGGAACAAAUAGUAAACAAUCCAAUGAUAAAGAAAAUGAUGUUAACUGAAUUUUUCCUAAUGAACAGAACUGAUGAGGAUGCUAUGAAUCUCAAUUUACUAUAUAAAGAGUUCCCAGAGUAUUUUGUAUGGUCACCAACAUACAAAAUGUGGUCACGACGAAAACAACGUACUGCUAUUGGAUGCAUUGUCACAUGUCAUCCAUCCGAAAGAAAAAGAUAUUAUCAUAGGUUACUUCUAAUGAACGUAAGAGGACCUAAAUCAUACGAAGACCUUCGUACAGUGAAUGGCAGAUGCUACACUACAUUUAGGGAAGCCACAGAAAAAAAAGGCUUAUUACAUUCGGAUAACAAUUUAAUUGAAUGUAUGUCUGAAGCUGUAACCUAUCAAAUGCCUUAUAGUUUAAGAGGGUUAUUUGCAACAUUGUUAGUUUACUGCAAUCCUUUUAAUCCAAAAGAACUUUGGGAAAAAUUUGAAGACUCUAUGUCAGAAAAUUUCAGAACAAUUCCAAAUGCAGGAAAAAAAGUUAUUCAAUGUUUAGUUUUCACUCACAUCAAUGAAAUUCUACUUUCAAUGGGACGUAACAUAAAUGAAUUCAAAUUUAUAUCUCAAAAUAUUACAUCUUCUAGACCAACCAAUGAGGCAAAAGAUGUUCAUUUUGAAAGAAAUAUAGUACCAGAGGCCUUUUUCAUUGACGGGCUAGGUGGAACUGGAAAAACUUUCUUAUAUCGAGCUUUGUUGGCUGCUGUAAGAAUGAAAGGAUUUAUAGCUUUGGCAACUGCAAGUUCUGGUGUCGCAACUUCAAUUCUUCUCGGGGGACGAACAACUCAUUCACGUUUCAAAAUUCCUGUUGACAUUGAUGAGAAUUUUACCUGCAAUAUUAGUAAACAAAGUUCAUUAGCAACUCUAAUUCGAGAUUCAAAGUUAAUUGUUUGGGAUGAAGUCUCAAUGGCAAAAAAGAAAAUGAUAGAAGCUUUUGAUAAACUUUUAAAAGAUCUCAUGAGUACAAACAUACUCUUUGGUGGGAAAAAUGCAGUGAUUGAAUUAGCCAGAAACCAUCUGACUCUUAAGGUAAUAGAUGCUGGAAAAAAAAAACUCUAUGUGGCUAAGAUGCAUCUUCAAUUGGGAAAUUCAAGUGCUGCAUAUAUUAGGACAGAUGCGGUUCAUUCACGUCUUUACGCAGAUAGUUUGGGAUUAAUUCAUGGAGAUAUUAAGUUAUAUGAUCUAGCACCUGAGGAGGAGGAGGAGAGAUUUCACAAGCACUGUUAUGAUCGAACAAUAAAUUAUGGAAGUUUAUUUCUCAUUAUAUCAAGUUAG